AUGGACAUCGCGUUGCAGUCUCUCGCGACACCUCAUCGCCAGAUAACAAUUCUGGAUGCACCUGGACACAAAGAUUUCAUACCCAACAUGAUAUCAGGUGCUUCACAAGCCGACUGUGCACUUCUUGUUGUGGACGCAGCCACAGGCGAGUUUGAGGCGGGCUUCCAAAGAGGCGGCCAGACCCGUGAGCACCUUUUGCUCGUUCGCAGUCUGGGCGUCAGUCAGGUCAUUGUGGCUAUCAACAAGUUAGAUCAAGUAGAGUGGUCGAAAGUUCGGUACGAUGAGGUCUGCAGCUCCCUCAAGCCGUUCUUGGUCCAGUCGGGGUUCCAUCCCUCGAAGACCAAGUUCGUCCCUGUGGGCGCCAUGGCUGGUGUAAAUCUCACCGCCCGGGAAGGACCCGAUGCCCUGCCACUUAAACAGUGGUAUAAAGGGCCGACGCUAGUCGACGUUCUAGAUAUUCUGGAUCCCCCGUCCCGUAACGUCACCGCCCCGCUUCGGUUCCCGAUAUCCAACGUGUUCAGGGGACAAGUUUCGGGUACCGGCGUCGCUGGACGUGUUUGCGGCGGAGUAGUACAAGUUGGUGAGCGGUUGCGUAUACUUCCAGGCGAUGGCACGGCAGUAGUCAAAUCCAUCGAAAGCGACGACAAAGUGCUCCCUUGGGCAGCAGAUGGUUCGAAUGUCAUACUCUAUCUCACCGCUGUUGAUCCCAUCCAUCUCCUCAUUGGGAGCGUUCUGUGUCGCCCAAAUAGUCUGGUACCUUUGGCCAACGUCUUCACCGCCAGAGUCAUAAUAUUCGACAUAGAUAUCCCCAUCACAGCUGGAGCAUUUGUCGAAUUAUUCCACCACUCGCGUGACGUUCCGGCCGCUGUCACCAAACUCAUAUGUACGCUUGACCGGGCCUCUGGCACAGUGGCCAAGCAGAAUCCUCGAGUGCUCGCGAAAAAUGUAUCGGCGGAGGUGCAGAUUACCCUCCGUAACACGACAACGACCGGCCCUUCUCCCAAGUCGCAGCAAAUCCCUCUAGAGCCAUUUGCUGUGAACAAAGACAUGGGAAGGAUUCUCAUCAGACGUGAGGGAGAGACAAUCGGAGCCGGUGAGGUUGUCUUAUUGUAG